GUACGUACUUUAAUACCGAAAUGUUAUUCGACUGAUAAAUUAACAAAUAAUCGAUUUUUUUCAUCCAAGCUUGUUAUUCUACACGUCAAAUGAAUUCUUCUUGAGACAAAAUAAUCAAAUUUGUUUCGGAGCACCGCUGAAAUAAACUAAAUUCGAACGUUGAAAACGUUAUCGAUAGCAAAAUUUCAAGAUUAGAAUUAGAAUUAGAACAUAUACUGCUUUCGGUAAAAUAAUCGUUCGAGGUUAUAAGGUAUAUGGUUAUCAGGUUAUGGUAUAGUGUAUAGUGAUAGUGAACGUUUGCGUUCUCACCGCCCCCUACUAAACAUCGAUUCUUGAGUUAACUUCGGAUAAUGGAUAACCGAAAAUGAUCUCGACAACGUCGAAUGACGUGUAGUGGUUUAGUAUACAACAAUAUACAACUAUUACGUUGUUAACAAGAUGGAAUACUUCAAAAGUAGUUUGAAGUUUGUUUUAGGUGUUACACCUGCGGAGAACGAGCCAUCAGGCGCCGAUACGCAAUCGGCGCAGGUAGAACGAUUGGUAGACAGAUUACAAUCGUCCACAUUAUUAAAUGAUAGACGGGAUGCUUGUCGAGCACUCAAAGCACUUUCCCGUACGUAUCGUGUCGAGGUGGGAGCUCAAGGGAUGCAUGCGUUGAGACAGAUUCUGGAGGUGGAUAGAACCGAUUCUGAAAUUAUCGGUUUAGCAUUAGAUACUCUUUGUAAUAUAACCGAUCCUAAAACAUUCGAAGAAGAAGCGGAGAAGCUUGACGCUGUAAACAAAGUAGGAGAACAAUUCACAGAAAUAUUUAUUAAAAAUUCGGAUAACGUAGGAUUAGUUUUAACGCUGUUGGAAGAAUUUGACUUUCAUGUCAGAUGGCCGGCGCUAAAGUUACUGAUGCAUUUAUUAACCAAUAGACCGAAAGACAUACAAGAAAUAAUUUUAGUCAGUCCGAUGGGUGUUUCUAAAUUAAUGGAUCUCCUUGGCGAUAGCAGAGAAGUCAUACGAAAUGAUGUCCUGUUGCUUCUAAUUCAGUUAACAAAGGGCAAUGCAAAUAUUCAAAAAAUUGUUGCAUUUGAAAAUGCGUUUGAUCGCAUCUUCGACGUUAUCGCACAGGAGGGUAACGCGGAGGGAGGUAUCGUAGUGGAAGAUUGUCUGCUGCUUAUGUUAAACCUUUUAAGGGGUAAUAUAAGUAAUCAAAAUUUUUUUAAAGAAGGUAAUUACAUUCAAAAGCUCACUCCGAUGUUCCAAAUACCACCGGAAACUGAUGAUAGCCCUCUAAGCGGAUGGAGUCCGCAAAAGGUAUCGAAUGUUCAUUGCAUGGUACAAGUAAUUCGUGCAUUGGUAGCCCCAAGUGGCCCUGCUCAGGCUGUAGCAACUUGUCAACGGAUCAUGAGAGCCUGUGGCUUACUGCAAGCUCUAUGUAAUAUUUUAAUGGCCAGUGGUGUGCCUGCAGAUGUACUGACAGAGACAAUUAAUACAGUAGCUGAAGUUAUCAGAGGAAAUAGCAAUAAUCAAGAAUUUAUAGCAGGAGUAAUGGCACCUAGUAACCCACCUCGACCUGCAAUCGUAGUUUUACUUAUGUCUAUGGUAAAUGAGAAACAACCAUUUGUCUUAAGAUGUUCCGUUCUCUACUGUUUUCAAUGUUUUUUGUAUAAAAACGAGGUGGGACAAAAUCAGCUUAUUCAGACUUUACUGCCGCAAGGAAACGAGAUGCAAUCUUUGACAACAGGACAAUUGUUAUGCGGAGGUUUAUUCACCCCGGAUUCUUUAUCGAAUUGGUUUUCCGCCGUGGCGUUAUCUCAUGCAUUGAUCGACGAUAGCACACAGAAGGAACAACUGUUGCGCGUACUUCUCGCGACUAAUAUCGGGAAGCCACCAGUGACCUUGAUGCAACAAUGCGUCAUAUUGCUGCAGCAAGGCAAUAAAACGCAAUGCAAAUUAGGUCUUUUAAUGCUGCUUUGCAGAUGGACCGCUCAUUGUCCAGCCGCUGUUAAAUCGUUCUUGCUUAUCGAUUCUUCUGUAGCUUAUUUAACUGCUCUGUUAUCGUCGCAGGAGAAUAACGAUGACCUGCAAGAAACUUUGCUACAAAGUAUGUGCGCCAUACUCAUUGGAUUGUGUAUACACUUCAAUGACGACAGUGUUUCUAAUUAUACAAAGGAAAAAUUAUGUAAUUUAAUCGAGAAUAGAAUAGGAUUAGAAAGAUUUCAAGAUGCUAUCGGUGGUCUCGUCAGACAUGAAGUAUAUUCUAGAACGUUAAAACAUCCACAGCCAUCGGCCAAGAAUCCUUCCGAGCUGUUACUGGACCAUGAAUUCUGUAGAUUAUCGAAAGCGUUAGAGGGUGUGAUUACGAAGUCUGUUUUAGACGGGAGUAGUUCGCACCAUAAAAGUCAAAAUUCACUACCGACACCACCAGAUUCCGUUUUGGUAGCGCAAUAUAAAGAAGUUAUUCGAGAGCAAGAUUUACAAAUAGAGAAACUUAAUCAAAUUACGGAAUUACUUGUUAAGGAAAAACAUGAACUCGAAAUACAGGUUCAUGAUCUUCGGUCGACGGUUAGUCAUUUAAAGGAUCAAAAUUUAGUACUACGGGCAACACAGAGUAAUGGAAGAUCGGAAGAAACAGAAUAUUAUAAUGCGGUAAACAGUGAAGAUUCUGCGAAAGAAUUAGAGAAAUGUCGAAGUAUUAUUGCAGAACUCGAAAACCGUUUGGCGGAAUGCACGUCAACGGUAAAGGAAUAUAAACAGAAACUCGAAGAAGAAAACGAGACUGACUUUGAACGUAAAUUGCAAAAAAAAUCCGAAGAAUUGGAAGCACUGAAAAAAGAACAAGAAGAUCUCUUGGAACUUCUAACCGAUCAAGAGAGCAAACUUACGAUGUACAAGGAAAGAUUAGCAGCAUUGGGUGAAAAGGUUGAAACAGAUGAAAGUUCUGUCGAAUUAGACACGGACGAUCAACCAGAAUCAAGCAAUUCGGUAGAACGAAUAAAUUAACAUAACCUUCAAAACUAAGAAUUCUUGUAGUAUUAAUGACAAUGAAAAGAUUUUAAUUUCGUGUAUUCCUCCUUUUUUGUUAAUCUUAAUCUUUCCAUGGGCCCUACAGCAACAAAUUGAAACUAAUAUCAAUGAUCCGUUAACAAUCCCAAUUCAGUAGAGGUAUUAAAUAAAGUUGUAUAUCAUAUCUGAAUAUGACGCGAGCGAGCGAGCGUGCGAGAGAGAGAGAAUGAAUCAAGCUAACAAUGAUAAUCUACUUGAAGGGAUAUUUUUACGCUGAUUCAGUCAACAUCGAAUUAAUAUCUCGAUAUUCCUUUAUAUUAAUACUUGAUUUUUGUAUUCUGUUAAGUUAGUACGUAUCACAUCGUUUAACAUAAUAGUUAUAAGAGGUACUUUCAUUUUUUUAUGCGUAAUAAAAUAAAAGUACCAUACUUGGAAUAGUUUCUCAUGUACUAUUAUGUAUCUAUCAUAAUACAAAGUCCUAUUUACAUUUUCUGA